GGCUCAGGUAACUCUGCCCUACAUUGUUUCUUCGUCAGGACCCCAAUGAACUUUUUCCCUAAUGUAGAAGAUCCACUUCUCUAAAGAUGCGCAAAAAUGUCUGAGAAUAAAAGCGAUUCUAUAGCAAAGGAAGCGAGUGCCAUAAGCGGCGUAGGUACGGUCAAGAAAUCUUCGUCUAAGGAAAGUAUUCUAGCGCGUGCACGGCGCUUGAUCUUUGGCCAGAAGACGCAGCUCUCUGAUCCAAAUUUUUUCGCAAAGCACAGCUCCGGCUUGGGUGAUCGGUUUUUUUCUGCUUCAGCUACUUUUCAACCCUGUUGCGUCAUUGAAAAUACCGCCGUUGCUGCUAGUGUGUUUUCAGGUGUAAAGGCGAGAGAGUAAGCUAUCCCUCCGUGAAGCACUUUCCGGCACGUUUUCAUAAGUUCGCGCUUCAGACACUUCUAAAGACUUUCCCCCUCUUUACCAAUCUUCUCUAUCUUCGGAAUUCGAAGCCAUGGCGUGGGGUCCUUUCGUGCGGAUAGCUGCGCAAUUUGUGAUGGUCGCGGGCAGCGCGAUGGGAAAAGCAGUUCGGGAAGCGUACAAGGAAGCGGCGAAGAAUCCAAAUGUGGCAGCAGCGGUGCGAAACAGGCGCAUGAAUGUCGAUGAGGCCAAAAACAUCCUGGAAGUUCCUAAACUUAUGGAGAAGAGCAGUAUCGUGGACAAGGCUGAGAUUAUGCGAAAGCUGAAUGCCAUUGAUGCAAAAGGCGUCGGAUCACCGUACUGUUCUGUUCUUGCAGCUGAAUUUUAUCGAUUAGUCAAGAGGAUUAGUGAAAGGUGCCGCUGUUCGUCCGAUUCUUUCGCCUUCUCUCGUAGUGCACUCUUAUUUGUUCUGUGUGACCGCGAUUUCAUUUUUAUCAACAGGUAUCUACAGUCGAAGAUAAGCAUUGCGGAGACGGUUUUGCUUGAGGAAUUGCAUGGCGCUGGUCCACCGAAGGCGGAUUUGUAA